AUAUUUUGCACCACAUAUGCCCCUAUAAAUCUGUCGUCUCAAUCCAGCCAGCUGAGGCUUUGAAGUGUCGAAAUCCUGGGCACUAUUAUCUACUGUCUUACUGCCCCCAAAUUAUAAAGCGCACUGCCAGUUGUAGCCUACACCAGCAAAUUCACUAUCCAUCUCCUUUUUUCGAUGAGGACAGGCACUGGGUAAUUAAUAGCAAUGCCGUCCCACCUGCGAUCAUUCCUUGGCCACAAGUUUUUCAGUAUAUUAGUAGAAUGAAUUUCAUGAAUCUUGGAACUACGGCUGUAUUUGAGAAGCAGCCAUUUUAUUAACUGCUAUGGCUUCGCCAAGUGAAAAACCGAUCGAGGCCUUGGAUGAAAGAGAAGAGAGAAAGGAGGAGUUAAAGUACAGAGGGGUGCGCCGUCGGAGUUGGGGAAAAUGGGUGUCUGAAAUUCGGGAGCCCAAGAAGAAGAACAGAAUAUGGCUAGGGUCAUAUGACAGUCCUCACAAAGCCGCUCGCGCCUACGACGUGGCUGCUCUGUGUUUGAAGGGCCAUUCUGCUCUGCUCAAUUUUCCUCACGCUGCCCACACUCUGCCCCGCCCCACUCAAACUCAUUGUCGCGAUAUCCAAUCCGCUGCUUUGGAGGCUGCGGCUUCAUUCGAUGCGCACAAACUGCUUUUACUUUAUCCUCACUCUUCAUACUCCGAAACCCAUUCCUCAGAUCCCCCAGAAGAAGAAAUUGAGAAACAAAAUUGGUGUGAAUCGAGCAAUGGGGAGGCCCAACAGGCUGAUACAAUGCAGUCAAUGGGCGAAGUUGAUUCGUGGGCAGAUUCGAUGUUUGAGUCGCCCAAUAUGAUGUUGAGUAUGGCGGAGGGUCUUCUUCUCACACCCCCUCGAAUGCAUGAAUACGAGGAGGAGAGUAAAUCAGUGGAGCUUCUUUAUUCCCUCUGGAAUUAUUGAGUGAUUACAGAGAGUCUUUUUCUAACUUUGGUUACUGCAGAUUAUAGUUACUAACUGUACUGGCUUAGUUUAAAGUACGGAAUGCAUUGGCCGAUCCAUUCGGCUCCAUUACAGGCAUAAUGUGGUUAGUUAGGGAGAUUUCCCCAUUUGGUAAUUUGUAUCAUACAACAAAAUUGCAUAAAUACAAGUAUGCGACCACGAAAUUCAACUC